UCAAAAAUCUGUGACAUUUAUCUGCAAUACCAACGUAGAAGUGACGGAUUUCCGAAUAUUUAUCCCGCUCUGAUAUGGCAGAAGGAAAUCCUGCUUUCUGGAAGACUUUUGAACAUUCAGUCAGUUUCUUGAGACGUCAUUUAUCAGUGCCAAGCCAUGUUGACGAUCCUUAAUAGGUCCUUGCCGUUCCAAAUGUGGAUAAAUCCUGUCCUAGAAUCCCAUCUAAUAAUUUUCCCACCACCAAUGUAAGGCUGACUGACCUGUACUUUGCCGAUUUCUCCCUGCUACCCUUCUCAACUAAAGGCUCAAAAUUAGCUAUCCCACUAUAAAAUCCUACCACAAUGUAUUUGUUCAAAAAGAUGAACAAAUGUAGCCAAGCUGUGUGAAGAAAAAUGAUUGCAUCCCCUUGGUGAUGGGAGGAAUGUAGGAAUAUAAUUCCAGAUUUACAAACAAAUGUGAAUGGAAUUGGUGUGUCUGUGUAAACCAGGACAAGGUUACAAAGGGACAUCUUUCUAGGUUAAGUCAAACUUAAUUGAAAUGCAACCGAGGGAGGUUCCAUGCUUAAUGUUGUAGACUUGUGGAAAUCUGCCCACCUAGUUAGAUGAAUCUGAUCGAGGUUGGCAUGGCUACCUAGUCAAUUGAAUGCAGACAGGACUGGCACAGCUAUUCAUUCCAUUGAAUGAAGUACUAAAUUGGCAUGGCUACAUAGUAAAUUGAAUAGGGACUGGGCUGCCGUGCCUGCCACCUGGUAUAAAUGAAUAGGGAGUGAGUGAAGCUGCCUGUCAUCUACUACAGAAAGUGUGUCUUCCACAACAGUGCGGUAUUCAAUUGUGGCAUUGAAACGAUAACUUCCUGGGCACACACAGCGGCGUGAUUGGCACUUAGUUAAGGAGGAAAUUAACUUUUGUGAAGGGCUCCUACAUAUUUUCAAUGCCGUUUGAUUCGAAUGAUUUUUGUUACAAUCUCAAUUUGGUGAAAGGUACAUUGUGGCAUUGUGUCGCGGCGGUCUCAUUACUCAACAGCUAAUCCUUAUCAGGCAAAGUUCACACGAGAGCAGAGUUUGCAAUCCUGUCUCUGACCGAAACUAUCUCAAACUUUCCAGAUUAGUCCAAUCAAAAAACAAUUCAACCCUUGGGAAUAUGUUCUGAUCCGAAGAUCGGGAAGUUUAUAACCAAACUAGCAGACCACUUCCUCUGACAGACAGGAGAAACAAAUUUAAAAAAUGCUAACAUUUGCAAAUAGUAGUAAUUUUCUCAGCGAAAGCCUCUGCGAAUCGUGAUUUACUGCAGGAGGGCUCAAAAUAUGCAAACGCAGUUGUUUUCCCCCAGUCCUGUUGUUGAUUUCAUUAAGGAAGCAAAGAUGGAAUGUAUUACUGGGGCGAGUGUGCAGCCUUCUCUACGCUGAUCCCAAACCAAUUUAAACCUUGCGGGGAUAGGACUCGCACCACUUGGAUACUUCUUGCUGAGAGACGCUCGUUUCCUGGAUGUUGUUUUGCUCUGGUGGGGAGGCAAAGGGGAUAGAUAGACACCGCCUGACACUGGAGGAAGCGCUGCUAUGGUUUCUGAACUGCAGAUGUGAAUACAGCAGUGCACAAAUCCGGCACCGUGCAAGAGAGGCAGAGAGAACGGAGAACGGGGGUGACAACUGCCCAGCCAGACGGUUCACCCACCCCCGCCCCCCAGAGGAAGGGAAACGACUCGCCCCCCAAAUCUGUGACAUUUAUCUGCAAUAGCAGCGGCGGAUUUCCGAACAUCUGUCCCGCUUUGAUAUGGCAGAAGGAAAUCCUGCUUUCUGGAAGACUUUUGAAAGUUAAUCCCGGGUCUUUAUAGAUCAUAUACAUACAUAGAAGGGACUCCUUCCGAAGCAACCUUUAUCCGCUGUGUUUUUUUUUAAAGAAAGGACUCCCACCCUCGCUCUCAUCUCCAGUGCACGCUGGUAUCUGGGAGGCGAGCGUCUCCGUGUGAGUGAGUGAGUGAGUCGGGCUACCGCGGGGAGUGUGUUGCCUCUCUUGUCACAGCGAGCAGCGGGCAACGACAGCGGUCCCUCUCUGUACUGACUGAUGCUGAAACAUGGAAAGUGUCAACUCCUCGCUUUGUGCAGCGCUGCUGCUGUUGCUUGUCCAGCUGGUUACUCAUUGCCCCGGGGCUGCCGAGAGACAGAAGAAACGGCAACAUUGCAACGAGCAGCUAGAGUUGCUGUUGGCCACAGCUUGUACCUCCUGUGCGAUAAGCCAAAAUCUCUUCUGCCCUCGUGGCUUCCAGAAGGUUGGACAAGGCAUCGGGAUUCAAGACUGCAGUUUUACUGUGGACAUGGGUGGAGAGCAGCAAAUUACACAAGUCGGUUGCAGACAUAUGUGUAAGAAGAACGUCACUGUAUCCAAGUGUUGCAAAGGAUACUGGAGCCAGGAUUGCCUAGAAUGCCCUGGUGGAUUUGUAAAUCCUUGCAAUGGUCAUGGCCCAUGUUCAGAUGGAAUAACAGGGAACGGAAGAUGUAUUUGUGAUCCCAAGUACAAAGGAAUGGCUUGUGAGGAGUGUGCGGAUGAGAAAGCGUAUGGCCCCAACUGCGUUGUGGGAUGCAAAUGUGUUCAUGGAAUCUGCAACAAUGGGAUUACUGGAGAUGGAAGCUGCAUUUGUUUUUCUGGUUACACCGGGCCACAAUGUGAACAAGAGAUGCCUGCUUGCAAGACCCUUCAAUGUGGAAACAGCACUCAGUGCAUCGUGGAAAAUGCAGGGAAGCCAACCUGUGCAUGUCUGCCUGGUUUCCAAGACUUUGGACGAGCCUGUGUGGCAUUAAAUCCAUGUACUACGAACAUCUGUGCGGAGAAUGCAGAUUGCGAAUACUUUGGUGAAGGCAAAUAUCAAUGUAUUUGUCAUCCUGGUUACCAUGGAAAUGAAAAGCUGUGUUUGCCGAUCAACCCUUGCAGCACCGAUAAUGGUGGCUGUCCUGAACGUUCCACCACUUGCAAGUAUGAGGGGCCAGGACAGUCGUCUUGCAAGUGCAAAGAUGGAUUCAUCGGCAAUGUUCCUUCUGAAGGCUGCACCCUGAAAGAAGUUUGUAAGCCAUCUCUCUGCAAUAAGUCAGCAAAGUGCGUAACAGUAUCACCCGGAAACUUUGAGUGUGCUUGUAAACCAGGUCAGAUUGGAGAUGGGCGCAAGUGCAUCGGCCCUAUCAGGGAGGUGAUCGAGAAGCUACUCACACACCAGUUUACUACUGCACCAAUUACGAUGUUCGAUAAUGGAUGCUUGUUGACACUGAGUAAAUUGGGGCCUUUUACCGUUUUUCUUCCCCUUAUCAAUAAUCUAAAAGCACCCACGGUAGAAGAAAUGGAGAGGUUUUCAUGCAAACAACAUGUUGUCUCGGGUAUUCUGCUGCUUAAGGAUUUAAUAAACAUGAAGACAUUUGAAACAUUGGCUGGCGAUACAGUUGAUGCAACUGAAAGUGGAACGCUGCGACUUCAAAACCAAACAUACACCUUGGUGAGAGGAGACAUAGUUGCAUCCAAUGGCAUCAUUCAUAUCAUUGACCACUUUCUAGCUGGAAGUUCUGAAUAUCUCGGGAAUCCACAGAAAACCAUUGCCGAGAUCUUUGCCAGUGAAGAACUGUUUAGUAGAUUUGAAACUAUCCUUGAGAAUUGUGAUCUUCCUCUAAUACUGGAUGGCCCUGGUCCUUACACUGUAUUUGCUCCAAGCAAUGAGGCAGUGGACACGCUCCGGGAUGGAACUUUAUUCUAUAUGUUUGGUGAGGGCCGGCCAAAACUUCAAGAGCUAGUGAAACAUCAUAUCUUUUCAUCAGGCAAUCUGCCAGUUGAUAGGUUGUCAACCAUGUCUCGAAUUAUGACAAAAGCCAACCAGAUAAUAUCCAUUAAUGUCACAGCCAAUGGUCGGAUUUUGUUGGGGGAUACAGGGGUCCCUGUACAUAAAAGGGAUAUUGUUGCUUCCAAUGGCAUCAUUCACACCUUGGAUGGCAUCCUUAUUCCUUCGUCAAUAAUCCCCAUCUUGCCGAAAAGAUGUGAUGAAAUCCAGCAUCGUAUCAUAACGGCCCCCUGUGGACAUUGCUCUUUGGUGCAGAAUGGUCGCUGCCCGGGUGGAAGCACACCAAUGGAAUCGCACGAAGAUUGUUUUUAUCACACUUCAAUAGGAGAGAUUACCUUUAGCAGCAGCUCUGGCUGUGCAAGGCACUGUAACCUAACUCUUGUUGUACGGAAAUGCUGUAAAGGGUUCUACGGACCAGAUUGCAAAGCCUGCCUGGGAGGUUUUCAACAUCCAUGUUAUGGACAUGGAGAAUGCUCUGAUGGAAUAGAAGGAGAUGGUACAUGCAAAUGCUAUUCAAACUUUAAGGGAAUUGCCUGUCACAUUUGUUCUGAACACAAUAAACACGGCCAAAACUGCACCAUAGACUGCCCUUGCUUGCACGGCAUUUGUGAUAACAGACCUGAAAACUCUGGCAUUUGCCAGCCUGGCACGUGCAUGGAGGGAUUCACAGGCACAUUCUGUGACCAGAAGACCGAGCCGUGUGGCCCAUAUAGUUUAUCUCAGUAUUGUCAUGCAUUUGCCGUGUGUGAAUACCACAAUGAUACAGCCAGAUGCCGAUGUAAGGAUGGAUAUAAAGGUGAUGGAAUUUCCUGUCAAGUUGAGGAUCUUUGUAAAACUCCUAAUCGUGGAGGAUGUGCUGAGAAUGCAGAAUGUUUUAAUCUAGGUCCUGGGAAUGUGACCUGCCUAUGUAACACUGGAUGGACUGGCGAUGGGCGAGACUGCAUUGAAAUAAAUGAAUGCUUAUUGAGCUCACGAGGAGGAUGUGACGAAAAUGCUGACUGUCAAUAUAUUGGUCCCGGACAGAGUCAUUGUGUGUGCAAGAGGGGAUUUGCUGGUGACGGCAUGAUAUGCUCGAUAAUUGAUCCAUGCGUAGAAGAGAAUGGUGGAUGCCACGUAUUGGCUGAAUGUGAACCCACUAAGAAUGGGAACCGGAAAUGUACCUGCCUUCAAGGCUAUGCUGGAGAUGGGAUGAUGUGCUUUGGGGAUAUAUUAACAGAGUUGGCAUCAAGUGCGCACUUUUCAACUUUCAAUAACUGGCUCCAGAAAUCCGGGGACAAUGUGGAGAUCCCGGCAGGAGCUAACGUCACAGUUCUCGUACCUUCAGAAGCAGCCAUAGAAGACAUGGAUAAGGCUGCACUAGAAAACUGGGAACAACAGGAGUAUCUACCAAUGAUAGUCAAGUCACAUUUUAUUAUGGGUGGACAUACCGUCGAGGACUUAAAAGAAUAUGAAGGACAUAACUUAUCAACUAUGAAUAUAUUUAUCAGGUUACCAAUCAAGAAUGAGAAUGGGAGUCUAACCAUUCGUGGGGCAAGAAUUGUAACGCCUGAUAUCGUAGCAGUGAACGGCUACAUCCACAUAAUUGACCAGAUUUUGAUCCCUCCGUUGGAAGAUUUGCCACAACUUCCACCUGGAUUGCUGGAGCUUCUAGAACAAUUACCUCAGUAUUCCUAUUUCAAGCAGUUAUUGCAGCAAUACCAUCUAAUUCAUCAGCUGGAAUCCUCCAAACAGUACACCAUAUUAAUACCAGAAGAUGCAGUACUUGAAGAAUACUACGGAGCAGAGAAUAUUGAACAGUUGGUGAAGUAUCAUAUUAUUCCUGGGGAAAAGCUCCUGCCUGAUAAAAUCAAGGAUGGAAUUCAUAAAGGAACAAUGCUGGGAUCGUUGUAUCAAGUAAUAUUCUACAGGAGGAAAGGUCAGAUUUUUGUAAAUGACGUACCAUUAAAUGAUUUUCACAAUGUGACAAGAAAUGGAAUAUUGCUGGGGACAACGCACGUCCUCCAAUUACAGAAGAAUAGAUGUGAUACAAAUGAGAGUUUAAUUGUAGAGGGAACUUGCGGCAGCUGUGAUGUUGAGCCCAUCUGCCCUGAAGGGACAGCUCCUAUUAAACUUCAAGGCCAAGUCAGAACACCAAACUGCAAUUAUAAACAAUUUAGAAAUGGGAGAAAUGUGGAAUACGCUGGCUGCAGACCUAACUGUACACAAGUCAUUAUUACUUUAGAUUGUUGUGUGGGAUACUUUGGAGCACGGUGCCAGAUGUGCCCUGGCAUGCCACGUGCUCUGUGCUCCAAUUAUGGCAUCUGUCAGGAUGGUAUUAAUGGAACCGGAGAGUGUCUGUGUCACGAAGGAUUUCAAGGCACUGCCUGUGAAUCUUGUGAAGCUGGAAGAUACGGAACAAACUGCACACUUGAAUGCUUGUGCGCAAAUGGGAACUGCAAUGAUGGGUUAGAUGGCGAUGGAAGCUGUUACUGUUACAAAGGAUGGGAAAGUAUAAACUGUGAUAAAGAAAUUGUAACAGAUCACUGCAAUGGAACAUGUCAUCCCAGUGCCAAUUGCAUUCUAGGGUCACCUGGUUCUCUGCCCUCUUGCUUGUGCUCUGCUGGUUACACAGGAAAUGGAUCUUAUUGCUCAGAAAUCAAUCCUUGUGUGAUGAAUAACGGCGGCUGCUCGGACCAUUCCAACUGCACCAAUGUUUCCACUGGAGAGAGAACAUGUACAUGCUGGGACGGUUAUGUUGGGGAUGGGCUCGUCUGUUUAGAGAUCGAUGGGUGUGUAGAACAAAAUGGAGGUUGUCAUGAAAAUGCAGAAUGCACCAAAACUGGACCAAAUCUGGUCGCAUGCAACUGUCUCCCAGGUUACAACGGUGAUGGUCGGAAAUCCUGUCAGCCCGACAACCCUUGCAAGAAGAAUAAUGGAGGCUGCGGUUCAUUUGCCCGCUGCAAAAGAAAAGGACCUGGUACUCGAACAUGCAGCUGUUAUCAGGGCUACAAAAUGAUAGGACACAUAUGCAGAGGUGUUAUCUUUCAGGUACUAUUCAAUAAUUCUAUGUGCGUAUAUAUGAGAUUCUCUUCAGAAAUGUAUGUUGUUAAAUCAUUCCUUAUCUUACGUUAUCCCGACUGCCCACUCCCCCCUUCCCUCUACCUUUCCCCUGCUUCCUUAAUCUUAAUAAGAUUUUGCCAAAUCUUGCAGUUUAGCAAAAGAAAUGAUGGAGGUUUGCUGCUCCUGAUCAUUGCCACACAGGGCUGUCCCCUCCCAUCCCUGCCCGGGCCAAGCCUGCUCUCAGGCCUCUCAGCACUGGGCAUCAAUCAGAUUCAAGUGUCAGCAGUGACAGCAUUUAACAAGAACAUUGGGAUUUUCCUGCUGUCCAGGCCAACUUUCCAUAUCCGCCUGCUGCCGUCAAAAGACAUGGCCUGUAACUUCAUCUCAGGCCUGGUGAUUGGUGUACUUGAAUAUCUCUUCGGUUCAAAAGGGCCGUUCACUGUGUUUGUGCCAAAACACAGCGCACUUUCUCAAACCACGAUAGAAAAAUGGGAAUCGAGUGGUUUGAUAAAAGACCUACUUCGGUAUCACAUAGUCGGCUGUGGAGAACUGUCAGAAACUGAACUAAAGGAGCAGACUGCCCUCGUUGCCUUAUCUGGGAACACCAUUCAAAUCUCCUCAAAAGAGAAUGUAAUUUAUUUGAAUGGCGAUGCCCAAAUUAUCACAACAAAUUACAUCACAGCAAAUGGGAUUAUCCAUUACAUCAACAAAGUUUUGGUUCCAUUCAAAUUGAAGCCUAACAUGCAAAUAUCCACAUCAUCUCAGUCUAGUCUCACCACUGUUGCAAGUGAAAAUGGAUACAAAAUAUUUAGUAAUUUGAUUAAGGAAACAAAUCUUCUCCCUCUAAUAGAAGACCCAAUUCACAAACCAUUCACUAUGAUGUGGCCAACAGAUGAAGCAUUUAAUUCUCUUCCGAAAGAGAGGAAGGAUUGGCUUUUUAAUAAAAAGAACAGACACAAUCUUGUGGCAUACUUAAAAUUCCACAUGAUCAGAGAUUCAAAGACGUUAGCCGCAGACCUUCCGCUCAAUAAUGCCAAGAGGACAAUGCAAGGAUCAGUGGUUUUAGUCAGUUGCAGCCGUACCAUGAUUGGGGAUUUGAUUGUGAAUGAUGGAAGCGCGCAGAUUGUUCAACGGCAUCUGGAAUUUGAUGGGGGAAUUGCGUAUGGCAUCAACAGCCUCUUGGAGCCUCCACGUGUAGGAUCUCAGUGCGACGCACUUACAAUGGAUCCUGCCAUCGGUAAAUGUGGUAGCUGUUUGAAGCCUCCUUUCUGUCCGCCUGGAUCAAAACCUCAGGAUGGUGCCGAAUACCAACAUUGCUUCUAUGCUAAAUUAACCAUGGCUCAGAUUGUGACUCAUAUUCUCAGCCUCCGCAAGAGGCAAGGAGUCCCACCACUUUCCUUUGGCUCCAGAGUAAAUCCAUGGCGCUCUCCCAGUCCUCAUGUCCACGUGCAUGGUUGUAGCAGGCAAUGUGUUAAUCCUGUAUGGAUUCCCCGAUGUUGUAAGAAUCAUUACGGCCCUCAAUGUCAAGAAUGUCCUGGGGGCAUAGAGAACCCUUGUAGCUUCCAUGGAAAGUGCAAUGAAGGAAAGCAUGGAAAUGGAACAUGCGAUUGCUCACUAGGGUUCAGGGGAACAGCCUGCGAACUGUGUGGAGAAGGAAGAUAUGGAUCAGACUGCAAAAAAUGCAACUGCUCAGUAAAUGGGAUAUGUGAUGAUGGAAUUGCUGGUGAAGGAACCUGUUUCUGUAAAGGAGGCUGGACUGGAAAAUACUGUGAAUCACAAUCUGAUACAGUCCCUGUUUGUUACCCGAAGUGUGAUAGCAAUGCUGUUUGCCGAAGAGACAACAAUUGUGAGUGUAAACUCUACUAUGAAGGGGAUGGACGACAAUGCACAGUGGCUAACCGCUGCGAGGACUCUAAUGGAGGUUGCCAUCGUCAUGCCGAGUGCAUUCAAGUAGGAGUUAAGGUCACCUGUACGUGUCACCCGGACUAUGAAGGAGAUGGCAACGUCUGCACGGCCAAGGACAAGUGUCUCGAUGGCAGAAAUGGCGGGUGCCAUGAGCAUGCAAUAUGUUUCUUCAUUGGUCCGGGUAAACGAAGAUGCGAAUGCAAAGAAGGAUUCCGAGGAGAUGGUAUCCAGUGUCUGUUUAACGUCAAGCCUCCCAUCGACCGCUGCCUUGAAAUGGAUGAUCAAUGUAAUCUCAAUGCCUUCUGUAAAGACCUUCACUUCCAAGAUAAAACAGCUGGAGUCUUCCAUUUGCAGUCACCCAAUGGGAAGUACAAGUUCACCUAUGACGAUGCAGUUGAUGCCUGCAAUGCAGAGGGUGCAACACUGGCAAGUUUUGACCAACUUGCAACUGCGCAACAGUUUGGCUAUCACCUGUGUGUAAUCGGAUGGAUGGCUGAGAUGAAGGCAGGGUAUCCCAUAACCCACAUUAACCCUAGCUGUGGUUAUGGCAACAUUGGGGUCUUUGAUUAUGGCGUGAGGGCGAAUGUGAGUGAGCAGUGGGAUGCUUACUGCUUUAGGAUGCAAGACAUUCAAUGUAUAUGUAAGGAAGGCUUUGUUGGUGACGGCUAUUUCUGCAAUGGGAACCUAAUGAACGUCAUCUCGAGUCACUCCAAUUUUUCCAUCUUUUACACUAUGUUGUUGGACUACGGCCAAGCGACUGAAAAGGGAAAGGAGUUGCUCGAGUUCCUGUCAGACGAGACAACAAAUGAAAUGUUAUUCAUUCCUUUAGACUCGAGUCUGGGAGAAAGUGAGGCCUUAACGUGGAGUGAUCUUGAAAACCAUGUCACCAGGAACAGUACCUUCCUUUUCUACGAUGAGUUGAGUAACAAUACACUUGUUCCAUCCAGAUUAGGAUAUGAUCUUCACAUUGGAGUAUCACCUGUAAAUAACACUGUCCUUGAGGACUCAAAGUUGGUGAAUGGCAUUCUUAUUUUGAAAUGGGAUAUCAUUGCCACCAAUGGAAUUAUCCACGCCAUAACAGGACCUCUAACAGUUCCAAGUCCGCUUGCAGCAUCGUCAAAAUCGUCUCACAUUGCCCUUGGCGCAGUGCUCGGUCUGCUCUGUUUGAUUGGUGUUGUUGUCGCUGGCCUUAUGGCUUGGUUUCGUCGCAGGAACGAGGGGUUCCGCUUUCAAUACUUCAAGGCCGAUGAUGACGAUAAUGUGGGCCUUAAACCAGAGGGCAACCCUGCUUUGGUCUCAGUACCAAACCCACUGUAUGGUGCAUAUGGGUCAGCUUCAGAUAAUACGGCUGAGCCUUUUGAGGACGAUGAUGAAUAUGAAUCAUAUUCAUAUACGCAGAAGAUUCUACACGACUGAAGUUGGACCUCACUGCUUUUUACUCUCAGCUCAAUAAAUGCGGCGGCUUUGCAAGGAUGCUACAGGUGGGGAAACCAUAAGCUCCAAAUAAAUGGAACGCUUUGAGGAGGAGCUUGGGAGCUGUCAUGGGGCAGUUGAACAAAUCGUUGAUCCAGGUGUGCGAACCCUUUGCCAGACACACCAAGCCCCUGUGCAUGACAGACUCACCACACUCCAUGGGUUUAUGCAGUAGUCAGGAGACUCUAGAAAGAUUGAAAAUUUAUUUUUACAUUUUGUACUAAUGGUUAAAAGUAACACUGUUUACAUGUUCCGACGUGCCAAAAGGACAUUGCCAUCUUCACUACUUGUUUGUUUCACGUUGUUCAAAGUAAUCACGAGACGAUUGGAUUUUCAUUUCCUUUUGACAUUUUAAAAGUGCGUUGAAGACGACAUUAACUGCAAACAAUAGUGGAACUGCUCAGCCGGUCUGGCACAAAAUAAAGUCUAAAGCUACAACGGAAUCAAGUAGAGAUCCUUUCAAACCCUCAGGUGGAGGGGGGAUAUUUACCAAAAUACGUCUCUCUAUUUCUGCUUGCCAAACUUAGUGCCCACUUUGUAAUUCAAGGUUUUGUUUCAGAUCUAUAACUGCAGUGUGCCUUUAUCCUACUAAUAAAUGCCUAUUGUAAAUUCCUGUUCUUCAGCCUACUUUUGAAUCCUGUACUUCAAAAGUUGGAAUGUAUGUUUAAAUGGAGUUGGACAGGCUACAUGGUGAGCAGGUGGAGAGAAUCAUUUGUAUUGAUCUAGGAGCAAGAAGCUCAUUCUUGCUCCUUGAUGUGCACUAGAUGGGAAAAGGCUGUUGACAUCAGGUUUUACUGGGCUCCAUCACCACCACUCCAACACACACACACACACACACACACAACAGGGGUCCUUUUGUAUAUCAUGUUUAUACUGGAUCAAGUGAAAUGAAAAUAAAUGAAUUUUUAUUAAUAUUUAA